AUGCUGCCCCAACUUUUGAUCUCAUCGCUCCUUAUUUGGGAAUGUGCUCAAUCACUCUUGAUGUUCGACAAAGUCGAAGACGACAAUGCUUGCCUAUUGGCAAUGUGCGAUCAGGAUUCGGGAUGUGUACCAAUCGGCUGCUCAAUUGAUCAAUUCGAUCGUAUCGGAUGCGGAUAUUUUCGAUUGAAUAUUUAUCAAUAUCAGCAAUGCUACCAACCCGGUAAAAAAGACGAAGAAUCCGAAGAGGAUGCAUGGAUGAACUGCGCACAAGACUAUCACUGCUCGGCGCAAUGCAUCAAGACCCUGGCUACUCGUUUCCGUGUUAAAUGCUACGGAAAAUCUGAUUGCGAGACAAUCGCUCGGAUUCACGAUGGAGGAGCAAAUGGUUGUCGCGACAGAAACACAAUCGGCUAUUGGAAACGCGUUCGCGAUCAAUGCGGCAUCGAUUGCACAAAACCAAUACUGUCGCGACAUUUGUGA